GGCGGACGAUACGAAAGAAGAAACGAGUGUGUUGGAAGGUUUGCUAUCCACCAGUGAUCACCUGGAAUCACUAGAAUCACUAGAUCCAGCUUUCACUACAAACACCGGAUCAUUUAGGCAAAGACAUGUUUCGGAUUCAAAAGAUGAAGACAUCAUUUCAUUAGAAGAUGACCCUGAUCUUGCCAACAUCCUUGAGAACCAAGCACUGUCUUCUUCUCUUGACUUGGAUCUUGGUUCAGGAAAUAAAGUAAAGAAAACUAAACAUGGCUCUGUUUUGCGACAUGUUGUGUUGAAAAGUGUUUCCAGUCAGAUGGUUUCUGCAUCAGCCAGAGUGGAUGCUGGUUUGCCAACAGCCAUGGCUGUUUCUUCUCUUAUUUGUAUUGGAACAUCUCACGGAGUGGUGCUGGUUUUUGAUCCUCAACAAACACUUAAGCUGGUUCUGGGGAACACAUCCCUUGGUGCAGAGUAUGGGGCUGUUACUGCACUCGGCAUCAAUAUGGAAUGUACAAGACUUCUAUGUGGACAUGCAAGAGGCCAGAUAACUAUGUGGGAUUUGCAGUCUGGGAAAUUGUUGAGACAAAUUGCUGAUGCCCAUCCCAUGGGUAGUGCAGUGCUGCAUGUUAUGUUCACAGAUGACCCAACAGUUGCAAUUUGCAGUGACAGUGGCGGUUCUGUGUUUGUUCUCAGCUUCAAGCAUAUUAUUGUCAUGUUUGUUUUCUUUUUUUCGUGUUAUAGCCGCGGUGAAGUGUGUAUGAUGGCACCUCUUCAUUUGCAUGAAGGAAUGAAAGAGCAUCCUCUUUAUGAACAGUCGUUAUUAGCUUUGGCCACUCUUACUAAGGUUCUGGUAUUAACACUGAAGCCUGAGCUCGAGGUCCUCUUUACUCACACUCUAAAGGGCCCUGCUGAUUCUUUGCCGCUGUUGGCCUGGCAGUUUGCCAUAAUUCAAGUGGAGUCCAGAAAAGUCAUUGAUCCGGUUCUUGCAUUUGGGAGGGGAACUGAAAUUUUCUUUUAUCAGGCCCAUUCUCAAGGGGAAAAGCAAGUCAGAUUUAUGUUCCUACAAAGAUUUGAGAGUUCGUAUAAGCUCACUGCUCUUCAUUGGCUGAACCCACAAGUAAUCGCUACAGUAGACGCGCUGGAGAGAGUCCAUGUCAUUGAUGUGCGAAGUAUGGAAGAACUUGAGGUUCUUGACCUUAGCUCAGUACAGCUUGUGUACAGCAGCAGUUAUUUCAAGUCACUCUCUACUGGAGGAAACGUCAGCAAGGCUUUGGUAGCCGCCAGUGAACAUUCAUGUUAUCAGACAGUAGUGGUAUUUAAUGGACAACAAUUACUCCUGGGUGUCAAGUCCGUCCAUGUAUUGACACUAAGGAACUGGCGCGAUAGGAUUGAAGUUUUCGUGAAGCAAAAUAACUUCCUGGACGCUCUAGAACUGGCACUGUCUUUUUAUGAUGGCACUGCCAUGGCUGUGAUCGGUUUAAUUGGAAAUAAAGAGCAGAGAUCAACAGAAAUUGCUGCACAGAUAGAGGAACUAUUACUAGCUUAUGUUGAUAUAACAGUGUUCGUAAAUUGCCCAAAGACCAGAGACACUAAGGAGCUGAGAGAUUACUUCAAGGAAAUGGUACCAAUCUUUAUCAAGUAUAGCCUGGCCAUCAAAAACAUGGAUCUCUUAUUCAGAGAGAUUUAUGACAAGUUCUGUGAAGAUCCUGUUGGAAAAAUCGUGUUUCUGGAAAGCUUGGAACCUCAUAUCUUAGCAGACAAACUAACGUCUUUGAGUCCGAUUGUGAUGAAGGAGUUUAUAGAGCACUAUAACCAGCAAAACAAGCUCAAAGAUGUAGAAUCAUGUCUCAUGCACCUAGAUGUGACAAAUCUGGAUAUACAUCAAAUGGUGAAACUCUGCUGGGCUCACGGCCUGUACGAUGCCAUUUUCUAUGUGUACAACAGAGGCAUGCGAGACUACACUACUCCACUGGAGGAGCUGAUUAAUGUCUUAAAGGGCACAGUGCAGGCCAGAACUCCAUUUGAAGAUUCAGAUCUUUCUUUGGGGAACAAAUUACUUGUAUACAUCAGCUGCUGCCUGGCUGGACAGGCAUUCCCAGUGGGUUCCAUCCCUGAGGACUAUGCAUUAGACGUAAAAAAAGAGGUGUUCAACUGCAUCACGACCCAAAAUACUAAAGACGGUUUUGAAAGUGAACCUUCAUAUCCACGUUUGCGAGUUUUGUUACAUUUUGAUACCCAAGAGUUCUUGAAUGUUCUUUCCAUGGCGUUUGAACGGAAAGAUUUUGACGACAAUUUUGACGGUCCAUCUGGUGUCACGCGAAGACAAUACCUUGUGAAUAUCCUUCUUGACGUAAUGGUGCAAGACACUGGCUUUACGCCAAGCCAAGUUGGAUCGCUGUUUACGUUUCUAGCGCGGCAAAUGGCAAAGCACGAGAACAGAAUACAGGUCAACAAGGUGCUAUUUGAACAGGUCUUAGAGUAUCUUGCUAACCCCGACGAUGACUCCAGACACGAGGAAAGACAACAGGCCUUGUUAGAGCUUUGGAAUGCUGGUGGCCUGAAACAAUUUGAUGACGCCCGCAUACUGGUUCUUGCGGAAAAUGCUAAGUUCUAUCGCGUUUGUGAAAUGUUGUACGAGAGAAAACGGCAAUUCUCCAAAGUGUUAUCCUGUUACUUCAGGGAUUCCUAUCGAGAGCACCAGGUUUUCACUUACGUUCAUUGUGUGAUGUCAGAAGACGUGUAUACUGAUCUGGAGAGAGAGGAGCUGAAGGAAGCCACACUCAAUAGUUUGCAGAGCUUUCUUUCAAUCGACUGCGGAAAAACUGCUCAAAUGAUUCUCACUGAAUUUCCGGAUAUCUUGACUUCCGUUAUCCGUCAGCUAGAGGGACAAUCGACAGUGCAGUAUGAAUUUCUAAAAGGCGUGUUUGAGAAUAAAUCCCAGACCCCUAGCCGCCCAGAGGACACACCUGACGCUGAAGUCCACGAAAAAUACAUCGAGCUGAUGUGUAGAUACCAGCCAGAUCUGGUGCACAGUUAUUUAAGAAAUACUGAAAACUACAGACUUGAAGAAACUUUGGCGAUUGUUCGCCAAUUUAACAACACAUAUGCUACAUCCUAUCUACUGGAGAAGGCUGGCGAUAUUCAUGGAGCUUUCCAGCUUCUUUUAGAGACUUUAAAGGUGAAAGUAAAAGUUCUUUGUGAUGUUUUUGAGGAAAACGAAUCACCAUCUUUGAACGAAAUCAGGAAGCUUACUACAAACAUUGAGGCUGUUUUACUAGGAGUUUUAAUUCCUCUGUGCCAAAGAAAUUCUGGGAGACUUGAAGAAACGGACAGAGAGGCUUUAUGGUUUCCUCUUCUCGAAACCGUCAUGGCCCCUCAACGGAAAUGUAAAGAUACAACUAGUGCAUAUUUUUUAGCUUUUAAAGAUCAGACAAGACACGUUUUAAACAGCAUGAUGGGCUAUAUAUCGUUACCGGCCAUUUUACAGAAGAUUAUGCAGGAUCCGACUUACAGUACUGGUAAAUUUGGUGAAAUUAAGGAACUUAUUUUAGGAAUGUUAGACACUUACACAUAUGAAUCGACUCUUUUAAAAACAACCAACAAAUUACUCUCUGGGGAUCUUCACUCCUCUCUCAGCCAUCUUAAAAAUCAGAGUAACCAUGGAAUGACACCCAAGUCGUCAAGGUGUUGUAUCUGUCAUAGGCUCUAUACUGAUGAUACUGCAAGUGGUCAACGGGAUGAUCUUUUGAUAUACAGGUGUGGCCACGUAUAUCAUUCAGAAUGUAUGGCAGGGACUACUGGAACUGAGGGAAAUUGGAUCUGUAUGCUCUGUAAUAAAACUGGGCUUUCGCGUCUUUCUUCGUGGAAAGGCAAGAGAGUUCUGGGGAACUCAGUGAAGCCAUUGUCACCCGGAUCUGUGCAGAAGUUCAAAACAGAAAGUUCUGGAGCGGCAAAGAAGGAGGAUCUCUCCAAGACUGAAAGAUCAGUGCCUUCACUUACGCAGCAACAAUUCGAGGCAGUGUCUAGGCUGAAGGCACAAAACAAAGGUGUAUCGCGGUUGGCCAUUUUAUCAGAGUUAUCAAGGUCAAGUGAUGCUAUUAGUCAUACUUACGGCAGUCGAUCGACUAGCUCAGGCAAUAUCUUUGAAGACGAACGCUUCAGACUGCAUCUUGCCCCGCCACGAGAUUAGAAUAAUUACAUCAAUUGGUGAGAGCUAAGUGCCCUUGUUAGCGAGACACCAAGGUGAGAUGAGCUGGGAAAG